AUGUCUUGCGACAACUGCAAAACGGGCUUCAAGUGGAACGGCACUGCUUCUGGCAAGGAGACCACUCUCGGCAACACCAAAGCCUACGUCAGUGGCGAGUCCAAGGAUGCUGCCAUUCUCAUCCUGACAGACAUCUUUGGCUGGACGCUUCCCAACAUCCGCUUGAUCGCCGACCACUUCGCAAAAGAAUCGCAGGCAACCGUCUACGUCCCCGACCUGUUUGAUGGCGAGGUCGUCGACCCAGACGCAAUGUCGGACCCGGAAAAGGCCAAGACAUUCGACCUGAUGGCCUUCAUCGGUCGUCACAACAAGGAGAAAUGCUGGCCUGCGAUCAAGGAGCACGCGCAGACCCUGAAGAAGCAGUACAAGAAGGUCACUGCAAUUGGCUACUGCUUCGGAGCGUGGGCGUGCUUCAAGCUCGGUGCAGACCCCCAACUGAUCGAUGCAAUCUCCAUGGCCCACCCGUCGAUGGUCGAGAAGGCCGAGAUCGACGCUACAAAGGUCCCUAUCCAGAUCCUUGCACCUGAGAACGACUUCGCCUACACCGAGGAGCUGAAGCAGUACACGCUGGAGAAGUUGCCGCAGCUGAACAUUCCAUGGGAAUACAUCUACUUCCCCGGUGUGCAGCACGGCUUUGCAGCGCGUGGUGAUCCCACUGAUCCUACACAGAAGGCUGCGCUGGAGAAGGCGAAGAGGGACGCGGUUGGAUUUUUCAACGAGUACCUGCACUAG